AUGGACACCCCAACGCGUCUCUGCGCGGCUAGUGUCCACAAAUUACUCUUCACGGAUGACUGUGCGUUCAGCAACGCGACGAAACCGGGUAUGCAACGGAGCACGAAUCCCUUUGUCGCCGGAUCUGUGCUCUUCGGAUUGACUAUUGACACGAUCAAAACGGUGUCCAUACGCCAGUCAUCGCCCAAAACUCAAUGCAACGACUCCCGCAUCACUGUCAACGGCUUCUAACUCGAAACAGUGGAAAAGUUCGUCCAUUUGGGCAGUACACUACCACCGAGCACCAAAAUCGAUGGCGAAGUUGCGCAAUGGAUCUCAGGAGUCAUCCUGGCCUUCGGUCGGCUGUAGGUGUCCCUUCGGAAUCGUCAUGAUCCCCAUCUCAAAAUCAAGGUCAAUAUGUGCAAAGCUUUCAUUUUGACAACGUUGCCGUAUGGAGCGGAGUCCUAGAAGAAAUUCAAUCACUUCCACCUCACUUAUCUUCGGAGAAUAUUGAAGCUGAGGCGGAAAGACAAAAAAUCCGAAACAAAAGUCCCGGAGACCUCAGCAUCCACGUUAUUCUGAGGCAACUGCAAUUGUGCUGGAAAUGGCACUUCGCGAGGAUGGAUGACGGGUGUAUACCAAAGCGGAGUUUCUGCGGCGGUUUCACUACGGAUGCUCCCCAACAAGGUCGACAAAAAGGACAGGAUGUGGACACUCCGAAAAUCUCCCUUAAAUACCGAAGACCUGCAGUGACAUCGCUUACUACCGGUCGACCUGGGGGAGAGCAGUGAAGGCUGGAGCAGGAAUCUUUGUAACUAAUCAGACAGCCGUUGCUGGUGCCAAAAGAUCGGUCUUCAAGUCUCAGCCGACUCCAAUCCACAAUGCUAACAUCCAACGCCUUCCGACAUAUCCGCGUUCUCAGCUAACGUUCAGCGCGCGGUUCGACCGCGUCGGACAUCACGGGACCCUGGGCAGCAACAAUCCGACAACUCCAUCUGGUGUUUGCGCAGACCCCCCGCCAUCGUCACCUCUGCACUAAGCCCCACCACCACCACCACAACCACCACCGGUGAUCACGCACCUGAUGCCCUGUCGCCCUCGCCCACCACCACCUCCAUCAUCCUUGCCUCAAUCUCCGCGACGAUAGCAACCACUACCACCUCUCCAUCACCGCUGAUAUUGCUCCGACGCCCCGCCAACCACCAUGCCCCCCAUUAG